ACAAAAGAAGCAAUAUUGAUGCCGAUACCGAUAUAAAAUGCACAAGGAUUAUACUCGGCCCGUUCCACCAGCGGAAGCCGUGCAUCCCCGCAGGGACAGCCAAUGUGGGACCCUGCGAGCGCUGCGGCUGCGGGAGGAAGGGAAGGGCUCUGGGCUCCGGCACCGGGGCAAGGAGUGCUCAGGAUGGCAGCCAGAAAGGGGGAGAGAGAGAGAAAUUCAGCAAACUUUCUAAUUUAUAUCAAAUGUGGCAGCUUGGGGCAAGCGCCCGGGUCUCGCUCCUCCUCAUCCCCGCACCUGGCGAGCUCGAAAACGCUGAGACCUUGAAUCCCCCACAGCAGAGCCGGCUGUAAAGCGAAUAUUGCCACCAAUUCAGACACCGGAGUCUUCUAAAAGUGCAGUUUUCCCCAGCAUUAGACGAGCAAUUAAUCGCGUGUGGCUCAAACCUAGACAGGGGGGAAGAAACGCGGCCCCGCAGCCCGUGGGGGCUGUCCCAGGGCAGCCGCCCCACCGAGGGACGCGUCCUGGAGCGCUUCCCCUCCGAUGACCUUCUACGAAUCCACGUUCCCCGCGCAGCGCGGACGCGUUGACGGCCGAGCAGCCCCUUUGCCGGGGCUGCUCCUUCUCGGAGCUCGUCUUCAAAAGGCGCUGCUGCUUCCUCGCAGGGGGCCGGGGGGGGGUGGGGGGGGAGCGAAGCUCUUGUCGAAUUUGCCGCUUUUCUCUGCGGUUUACGGCGACCUGCAGGCAGGGGCUGGCUCCCGAGGCCAGCGGUUACGCCACGCCAAGGUUCCCCGCGGGGUUUUCAGGCCGCGGCCUCCCGCCGGGUCCAGGCUUUCCAUUCUGGGGGUCAGCCAAGACCUUCUCCUUUCCAGACCCGCCCCCCCAGAACGGGACACAUCGCACCUUCCUUCUUCACUCGGGAAGAAUUAGGGGUUUUGUCCCUUUUCCCCCUACCCCAACAUCACCCAUCGGAUCCUCCCAGGUUCUUACUCAUCACAUUUCCCCUAGUGCAAUUUAGCAUCUCUCCUUAAUUCUUUAAUUAUUCAGAGCUGGGGUGAAACUGGGAGGGAGGGAGGGAGGAAAACCAGCUCCAGCCCCUGCGGUGCCUCUGGGCAGGCUGGUCCCCAGCUCCUUGGCGCUGGAUCUGGCUUUGUUUUUCCUCCGAGCGCGGGACAAGGUGACCGUGCCAGCAGCCACAUCUCACACGCGUGGCGCUGUGACGAAGGCUGUGACGCCCGGUCCAGCGCCGGGCGCCUCCGACGCAGCCCAACACGGGCGACCUUGGCGUCGUUCAACCGGCGACGUCCUGAGCUGGUCUUUCCCCCAGCUGGUCCCAGUUUCACCCCCCCGACCCCCGCGAGCUGGUCCCAUUUCUGCAAGCGGCCCUGGGACAGAGGAAGGUGGAUGAAGCCCCAAUAUCAGAAGGACACGGAGCUGUUGGAGCGGGGCCAGAGGAGGCCCCGGAGAUGCUGGGAGGGCUGGAGCCCCUCUGCUGGGAGGACAGGCUGAGAGAGCUGGGGGGGUUCAGCCGGGAGAAGAGAAGGCUCCGGGGAGACAUUCCAGCCCCUUCCAGGCCCUCAAGGGGCUCCAGGAAAGCUGGGGAGGGACUCUGGAUCAGGGAGGGGAGCCGUGGGACGAGGGGGAAGGGUUUUCCACUGCAAGAGGGGAGAUUUGGAUGAGAUCUGAGGAAGAAAUUCUUUGGUGUGAGGGGGGUGAGCCCCUGGCCCAGGUUGCCCAGAGAAGCCCCAUCCCUGGAGGGGUUCAAGGCCAGGUUGGACCCGUGGCUCGCUGUCACCCGCGGGUGGGCACCCCAGGGUGCUCAGGGCAGUAGCCACCAGCUGUCCCCAGCUCCCCCAAGGGACAACCCCCUGCAACCCCCAGCAUCAAACCUGCCAGCAAAGGGCUGGGGGGGCACCAGGGGACCCCAAAGGACCGGUGGUCCCGUGCCAGCCCCACAUCUCCGUGCCGGCUCCACCCGGACAAACUCCGCAGACAGCGGGGCAAGGACAGUCUGGAGCAGCCCGAGGAGCCUUCGUACCACAUUUACCCUGGGGGCUGGGGGAAAAUGUCACCCCCUGCCCCCCCCCCGCCCCAGCCAGCUAAAGCCGACUGGGAGCCAAACGCUUUUAUCUAAAUGGCACAUGAUUUACGCCGCGGUUCCUCGGCCACAGCCAUGUUUCCGGCUUGUGUAAUUCCCCGGCUGCUCAGAAGGAGAGGGAAAUGCCCAGAAAUGACCACAGCCAGCCCCGUGUCCCCCUCACCGGUGUCCAUCCCCCCCCUCCCCCCGACCCUCGCCCAGUGCCUCCCCCUUCGGGAUGCGGAGUAAACCGGAGGGUGCUUCUCCCCCAGCCUGGCACAAGCAUCCCCGCAUCCCGGCCCCGCUGGUUGACCCCAGGGUGGAUGGAGAGCCCUCAGCUUGCCAUUCCCCCCCGCCCCACGACAACAUUUCCCUUAAGGACGUUGUGAUAACUGCCCCCGGAGCCGUUUGCCUUUCUUAUCAGGGAUGGUGGCCAAACAAGCCGGGACGGGAUAUAAGGAGCCGGGCUGGGACGGGUGGCACAUUCCCUGUGUCCAUUCGCCUCAGGCGCUGGCUGUUAGCAGGCACCAUGAAGCUGCUCCUGCUCCUUGGCUUGGUGGCCCUGGGCCACGGCCUCGUCUCCAGGGUCCCUCUGAGGAAGGGCAAGUCCCUGCGGCAGACCCUGCGGGAGCACGGCUUGCUGGAGAAAUACCUGAAGCAGCACCCCUUCGACCCGGCCGCCAAGUACUUCCGCUCCCGCAUCGCCGCCGAGCCCCUGCAGAACUACCUGGACAACGAGUACUUCGGCACCAUCUCCAUCGGGACCCCAGCCCAGGAGUUCACCGUCGUCUUUGACACCGGCUCCUCCAACCUGUGGGUGCCCUCGGUGUACUGCUCCAGCCCCGCCUGCAGCAACCACAACCGCUUCAACCCCGCGGAAUCCUCCACCUUCAUCAGCACUAACGAAAGCCUCUACAUCGCCUACGGCACCGGCAGCAUGUCCGGCGUCCUGGGCUACGACACCGUCACCGUGGCGAACAUCGAGGUCCUCAAUCAGAUGUUCGGGCUGGCUGAGACCGAGCCCGGCGCUUUCUUCUACUACACCCCCUUCGAUGGCAUCCUGGGGCUGGCUUUCCCCAGCAUCGCCUCUUCCGGGGCCACCCCUGUCUUCGAUAACAUGAUGAUGCAAAACCUCGUGGCCAAGGACCUCUUCUCCGUCUACCUGAGCAAGGACGAGCGGGGCGGCAGCUUUGUCCUCUUCGGCGCCAUCGACCCCUUAUACACCACCAACGGCAUCACCUGGAUCCCCCUCUCUGCCGAAACCUACUGGCAGAUCCGCAUGGACAGCGUCUCCAUCGGUGGCGAGGGCAUCGCCUGCGCCUUCGGCUGCCAGGCCAUCGUGGACACGGGCACCUCGCUGCUGGCCGUGCCCGACAGAGCCCUCGGCGCCAUCCUGAGCAUCCUUGGUGCCAACUCCAACGGCGAGAUCAGCUGCAGCGCCGCCAGCAGACUGCCCAGCAUCGUCUUCCACAUCAACGGCAAAGCCUUCCCCGUGCCGCCCAGGGCCUACGUGCUGGAGGUGAGCAUCCCACCGCGGGGAGGAACGGGGAGGGCCUGGGGGGGUGGUUCCGGGCAGCUGGUAACCACCACCAUGUCCCCGCCGCAGAGCAAUGGGUACUGCACCCUCGGCUUUCAAGGCAUGGACGUCCCCACCGAGUCGGGCGAGCUCUGGAUCCUUGGGGACGUCUUCAUCCGCGAGUACUACGUCAUCUUCAACAGGGCCACCAACAUGGUGGGGCUGUCCCGGCUGCCCUGAGCGCCCCUCGGCGUUGGGGACGGGGACAGACAGCAGUCCCGGCGUCCCCAGCCUGGUGGCUGGCAGGGCUGGCCCUUGCCCAGCGCUCCUGUCCCCUCCGGCCACCGAGCCCAAUAAAGCUGUGGAGAAGCCCCCUUGUGCUGUGUCCCUCCGGGAAGGGCUGGCACGGCCACCCCCGGCGCUGCCACCGCGGCCCUGGGCACGGGAAAUGGACACUGGUGGGGGCGCAGAUGCGGUGCCACCUUAUCCCAAGGGCAGAGCCACCCCCUGGUGGUGUCCCUCAGCCCCACAAACACCCCUGGAGCCUGUGGAGUUGUGGGGCUGGAGGCACCCGCAGCCGGGAAGAGCCCCGGGCCGCCGGGGACAGAGCCGUGCUGCCAACCGGGCACCCGGGGGGGGCUUUAUCAGGGCGGCCGGUGCUCCUCACCGGGGCCGGGACGUGCCUCCGCGCACCCCCGCGUAAAGGUGUCACUGCUUUCCGUCCCCAUGCUGGCAACAGGGCACAGCAUCAUCAGCAUCCCAUGCCCACGUCUGGGGCUCGGGGAGGGUGGUGGGUCCCAUCCUGGUGCUGGGGGUGCUUCGUGCCGCUAAUCACCCCCCAUCUCCCCGCUGGAUCCCACCUGGAUAAACCCCCGUGAUGCUCCCGGGAGCCACGGACCCGUCUUUCCACCAUCUCCCCGGCCAGGGCAGUGCUCCGGGAGCCCCUUCGCAGGGGCAGCGCCGACCUCGGCGCCUUCCAAACGCUUCCCGGGACCUUUGCUCAGGUCGAGCCUCCGGGAAGUCUUGCCCAGGAGGAGACAAAAUCAGCCCAAAUCAGCCCAAACCAGCUAAAAACAGCCAAAACCAGCCCCGCGAAACCCCUCUCCCCCUGCUCGGCUCCUCUCGGCAGAGACUCUGCAAUGAAGUCCCCAGCCGCCGGGGCAGGACACGUCCCUCCUGUCCCCAAACCCCGCUCGGGGGUGGUGGGGGGGGGACAAAAACCUCCGGCACCACCCUCUUCAUCCCGGGGAGCGGGGGGGAAUCAGCCCAAAGCCCCCCCACCCGAGGGAAAGCUGGCUCCAGCACGCCAGCGGGUGCAAGCAGGAGCAGGGGGACGGGGUAUAAAUACCAGGGUGACUUUAUUGGUGGCCGGGGGGGGUGGGGGGGUGGGUGGGCAGCUCGCCCCCUCCCCACGCCAGGAGCCGGGGGCAGCACCCACCCUGGGGGCGCGCGUGCCGCGGCCGGGGGGGCUGACACGGGGCACCCCAGCCCGGCCAGGAGCAUCUCCCAGCCCCACAUCUUGUACCCAGAGAGCCUGGGGGUGGGGGGGGGGCCACUGGUCCUGCCCCACAGUCCUGCCUCGGGGGGGAAGGGGGGGGGGGGGGGGGCGGUGAGGUGCUGGGGGACCCCCGGGGCAGGUGGGGACCUCGAGAGAGAGAGAGGGCAGUGGCCGUGGGCCCGUGGGAGCGGGGAUGCUGUUGCCCACCCUGUCUGCUUGCCACCCACAACCCCCCCAACCCA